AUGUCAGCUUUGAAUAACCAUGUGUUUGAACUCCAAGACACAAUUUGCUAUGUGCAAUGUGGCUAUUGUACUACAAUAUUACUUGUUAGUGUGCCAUGUAGCAGCUUGUGCAACAAGAUAGUAACAGUGAGAUGUGGGCAUUGCACUACCCUCCUCUCUCUCAACUUGAUCAAACCUUCCCUGCUCCCUCUUCAUCUUUUUGCUUCCUUCAACCAAACUCAUCAGCCGGUAGAAGUUGACAAGGAGGAAAUUAAUGAUGUUAAUAAGAAGAGUGCAAACUCAGAGAGCCCAAUUAUGGCCUCAUCAGAUGAAGAAGAUCAAUUGGAGAAUAAUGUCCUUCCACUUAAUCAACUCGUCAAUAAACCUCCAGAGAAGAGACAACGAGCUCCAUCGGCUUAUAAUUGCUUUAUCAAAGAAGAAAUCCAGAGGCUGAAGACCCUAUACCCCAAUAUGACUCACAAGCAAGCUUUCAGUACCGCAGCAAAAAAUUGGGCCCAAUUUCCACCUAAUCAACACAAAGGAGGCUGUAGCUUGGGAGACAGGAAAAUGGUCAAGGUUUCUGCUGCUAUGGUCCCAAGAGAUAGCAAUGGUUUAAUUCCUUGAAAGAAAGGCUUCGAGUACGACUCCUAGUGAAGAGAUCUAAUCAUCUUAAAAUCGAAGAAUUGAAUUGUGCCUUAUUAAUAGUACUACUGUUGGUUUCAUUUUCCGUUUGUGUUGAAGACGCUAUUGUCAAUUAAUAGGGUUAAUCAAGUUUCUGUUUGCAA